CCUCUCAAAUCUCUCUCGCUGACCUGUAGCCCAUCUUCUUGUUACGGUGAAUAAAGCGAAGGCAGAAGGAGGCUGAGGCUUUUAUACACAGCUUUCUUCCAAGCCCUUCCUCUGCCAUUUGCUCAUUUCUAUAUUUCCUUUUUCUUUUUCUUUUUUUUAAUAUAUAAUUAAAAAAACAAAAAAAAAAGUUUCUUUUUGGUUCUCUCUGCAAAACCCAUCUCUUUCCUAGAAAAAACCUCGUUUGAUAAAACUCAGGAGACGCUAUAAAAUCCCACAAUUUGCCCAGGAAAUCCCCAUUCCCUGCGACCCAGUUAUCCCAAGACCCUCAUUUCCCGAACUCCAAGGGAGCUUUUCGGAUUGUAAGUAUUGGAGAUUUAGGGUUUUUGGUUUUUGUUGGGUCUUUGUUGUUUCUUCCAAAUAUCGUUGCAUACGCGAAAGAAAAUGUCGAUUUUGCCGAAAAGCGAUUCGAUUCACAUCCGGGAAGUUUGGAACGAUAAUCUUGAUGAUGAAUUUGCUCUGAUUCGGGGCAUUGUAGACGAUUACCCAUACAUUGCAAUGGAUACCGAGUUUCCGGGAAUCGUUCUCCGUCCGGUUGGGAAUUUCAAGAGCAGCUUUGACUACAAUUACCAGAACCUCAAGGCUAAUGUGGAUCUCUUGAAGCUAAUUCAGCUGGGUCUUACGCUUUCUGAUGAGAAAGGGAAUCUCCCCACCUGUGGGACUGAUAAAUAUUGUGUUUGGCAAUUCAAUUUCCGGGAGUUUAAUCCCAACGAGGAUGUGUAUGCGAAUGACUCCAUUGAGCUGCUAUCCCAGAGCGGCAUUGAUUUCCAGAUGAACAAUGAGAAGGGCGUCGAUGCUCGCCGGUUUAGCGAGCUGCUGAUGUCGUCGGGGAUUGUGUUGAAUGAUAAUGUCCAUUGGGUUACCUUCCAUAGCGGGUAUGAUUUCGGGUAUUUGCUCAAGCUCCUCACCUGCCAGAAUCUCCCCGAUUCGCAGGCGGGGUUCUUCGAUCUGAUCAAGGUUUACUUCCCCACGCUGUAUGAUAUCAAGCAUCUGAUGAGGUUCUGCAACAGCCUCCAUGGCGGGCUGAACAAGCUUGCCGAGCUCUUGGAUGUCGAGAGAAUUGGUAGCUGUCACCAAGCAGGUUCGGAUAGUCUGCUUACUUGCUCUGCAUUCAUGAAAAUGAAAAAGAAUUUCUUUCAUGGCUCGCCUGAGAAAUAUGCUGGUGUUUUGUAUGGUCUUGGCUUUGAAAACGGACAGAGUGCUCAUUGAAAAGAGACAGAGAGAAAGACAAAGACAGAGAAAGGAAAAAAAAUUAUGAAAUGAUAAUAAGAAUGAAAGCUAUUUGUGUUGUAUUGUGAAAUCUUGUCUGCUGCAUAAAUUUUCCUUUGUUGUAGUUGUUGUACAUUUUUGCAGCAGUUUGUAUAGUGGAAGUGUAGUGAUUCUUAAUGAUAAAAGGAAAUCUGUAUCUCCGAAUACUUGUAAUGUAUAUCUUGCAAACCAGCAACAUCGUUGUUAAUGA